CAUUUUUAUAUAAAAGCUGGUCUGCUCCUUUAAGAGUUUGUGAGGAGGAAAUAGGAAGUCAGUUCUCCUUACAUUUAACACAAAGACUCCAACCAAAACAAACGGAGUUUCUUCAAAAUGGCAGGAAUAAAAGCGAUUGUCGCUUUGUCCUUUAGUGGAGCCCUUGGACUGACAUUUCUGCUUUUGGGAUGUGCACUACAACAGUUCGGAGUUUAUUGGCCACUGAUUGUCCUGCUCUUUUACAUAUUAUCACCUAUUCCAAAUUUAAUAGCCAGGAGGCAUGUGGAUGACACGGAGUCGACCAGUGCCUUGAGGGAACUGGCAUACUUCUUGACCACUGGCAUUGUGGUGUCAGCCUACGGAUUACCUGUUGUGCUUGCAAGGAAUGGUGUUAUUCAAUGGGGUGCCUGUGGCCUGGUAAUGGCAGGUAAUUCUGUCAUUUUUCUCACCAUUGUUGGUUUCUUCCUACUAUUUGGAGGUGGUGAUGACUUCAGUUGGGAACAGUGGUGAAAUUCAUCCGAAAGACCUUCCACCACUAUGUAUACUAGUAAAUCUGGAAUUGUUUUCCAUGGCAAUGCUGAAUCUAUAUGGAAAUUGGACUUCUUUGCUGAUAAUUUUAUGAUGGCUGCUCUGGUACGCUGCUUCUCGUCUUUCAGUAGAUCUGCUCUUUCAUCUGUAUUACAUUUUGGCAUAUGCACGGUUUACAGUAGUAUGCACAGUGACUUGCAUAAAGACAUCUUUUUUUCACACUUAAAAGUUAAUCUUAAGAAAAAAAUCCCGGUUUAAUUUACAGGGAAACAUAAUAAAUAGCCAUUUGCAAUUUUUCCUUUUCAUUGAAAAGAGAAACGUGAGCUUGAGCAUAAUUAAGACAACUGUAAAUAUAAAAGUAACUUUUAAAAAUAAUUUGUACUUGCGAUAUUUGGCUAAUAUUUAAGAAGCAUAAAUCCACAACUGAGCAACAUCUGCUUUUAGUUUUGAGUUAAAGCUAUGAUUUGUGUUUGAACACAUAAGCAGUGUAACCAUGGCAGUAUAUUAAGUGUUUUUAGUGCUGUUCUUUUUUUUUGCUGUGCCACUAAUGGCAAUUAUGUAAUGUACCGUAAAGCUUUAACUUUCUUCAACUAUGUUUACAAAAGAUUACCAAAGCAGACCUUCUAUUAGUCAUCCAUUCCAUGAUUCUUUUUUUGCAUUUGGGUGCUUGACAAAAAAACCACACGCGUCCUAUGGUGUGACAGCAUAAAUAGAUUAAAACAAACUAGCCAGGAAGACAAAUCUCUUUUAUGCUUUUUAUAUAAAUAUAAAAUAAUCUUAAAUAUUAUAUUAUUAACAGUUUGUUUUCAAUUUUUUUGCUGUCACACCAUGGUAUGGACACAUGGUAUGGUUUAUUUUUCAACUACCCAUUUGGGAAUCUACCCAUCCUUCCUGUAAUUAAAAUAUAGCAUAUUUUUAGUGUAGUUAUUCUAUUUAAUUGCAAGAGGAUGUGAUUCAUACAGUUUAAGACAUUUUUACAACUGACAUAGUUCAAUCUGAAACACUAUGACAUGACUUGUGUAAUUAUGCACCUUGAUACACUCUACACUACAAAAUCUGAGAUCCAAUUUCAGCAGAAAAUCAGGGUAUUUAGUUUUACACUACUGUUAUUUUGAUUGAAAUAUCCAUGUAAUUUGUUACGUUUUUAUGUCAGAGGUUUACUGUAAAAUCAUUUUAAGAGGACUUCUAUAAGGGAUAUGCUUGCUAUUCUUGAUGACGAAUGUUGUCAGCACUUUCAGCCUAUAUAUUUGAUUAUAUGAAUAAAUACAAAUUUUCUUA